UGAGGCUGCGGGUAGGAGUGGACCGACCGACGGCCGACGCCGGGCGGGCUGCAUGGGAAUGCGGGUGUCUAGAGGGCUGGUGGUGGUGCUGGGCGGGCUGAACCCUCGGGAGGAGGCGCCAGCCCACCGAAGGCGAGGGAAGCCCCGGGAGAGGGGCUGACAGGGGAUCGGAGGAGAUAACCAGGUCCCCCAGGGAGAAGCGGGGGCGUCCUCGCCCUAAACGCGCAGCAAGAAAACCCGCACGCCUGGGCGCCCAGGGAGGAGGGGAGGAUGCAGAGGGAGUGGAAUGCGAAUGUCGGGUCUUCUGCCCAGUCUGCCUGUCGGAGUGCUGUUUGCACAGCUCGUUAAUUUUGGGGUGCUGGGAUCUGAGAGUCUGGAUCUUGUUGGAUGGACCCAGGGAGAGACCCUGGAGAAAGUCCUGUUUACCAAAGGGUUAAUCUUCCCCAGGGCUCUCCAAGCAGAAGACUUUGAGUAGAGCACUCCUCCCCCAGGGAUGUCCCACCCUAAAGGAAAGGAAACCCCAACUUUCUUCCUCUCCCUAGAGGCAGUGCAAGGCUGGCCCUGAGACAGGAAUGUGGCCCAAUUGGGCCUGCAGUGCUGAGCACCCUCUUCCCUCCUCACCCCAAGCCUAUCUCCUCCUCUUCCAGGGUUUGCCGCUGUCUCUGCUAUUCCAUUCUCCCCAAAGGGGUUCUCUCCCCUCUCCCAUCUCAAGAUGGCAGCCAGCAGCUCUGAGGUCUCUGAGAUGAAGGGGGUUGAGGAGAGUCCCGAGGUUCCAGGCAAAGGGCCUGGCCAUUCUGAAGCUGAAAUUGGCCCUCCCCAGGUCCUAGCAGGGGUACCAGACCAGCCAGAGGCCCCGCAGCCAGAGGCCCCGCAGCCAGGCCCAGACACCACUGCAGCCCUUGUGGACUCAGGGCCCAAGGCUGGGCUGGCUCCAGAAACCCCAGAGACCCCCGCUGGGGCCUCAGAAACAGCCCAGGCCACAGACCUCAGCUUAAGCCCAGGACGGGAAUCAAAGGCCAACUGCAGCCCCGAACAGCCAUGCCAAGAAACAGUGUCCAAACCAGAAGUGAGCAAAGAGGCCACUGCAGACCAGGGAUCCAGGCUGGAGUCUGCAGCCCCACCUGAACCAGCCCCACAGCCUGCUCCCCAGCCCACCCCCAAGCCAGCCAUUCAACCAGUGCUCCCCACCCAGGAGGACCCUACCCCUGAGAUUCUGUCUGAGAGUGUGGAGGAAAAGCAAGAGAAUGGGGCAGUGGUGCCCCUGCAGGCUGGCGAUGGGGAAGAGGGCCCAGCCCCUGAGCCUCACUCGCCACCCUCAAAAAAGUCCCCCCCAGCUAAUGGGGCUCCCCCCCGAGUGCUGCAGCAGCUGGUUGAGGAGGAUCGAAUGGGAAGGGCGCACAGUGGACAUCCAGGAUCUCCCCGAGGUAGCCUGAGCCGCCACCCCAGCUCCCAGUUGGCAGGUCCUGGGGUGGAGGGGGGUGAAGGCACCCAGAAACCUCGGGACUACAUCAUCCUUGCCAUCCUGUCCUGCUUCUGCCCCAUGUGGCCUGUCAACAUCGUGGCCUUCGCUUAUGCUGUCAUGUCCCGGAACAGCCUGCAGCAGGGGGACGUGGACGGGGCCCAGCGUCUGGGCCGUGUGGCCAAGCUCUUAAGCAUCGUGGCACUGGUGGGGGGAGUGCUCAUCAUCAUCGCCUCCUGCGUCAUCAACUUAGGCGGUGAGUGGGGGCUUGGGACAGGCAGGGGAGGAAUGGAAGGGUUGGCAAGGGCAGCUUUACUAACCCCUGCCCCUGCUCUCUCCUGUCUGUCCUCCUUACCUCUCCUUUGUCUCUCCUUGUCUCCCCCUCCCCCCUGUCUGUCCUUCCCUCUCCUCUCCCACAGUGUAUAAGUGAGGGGCUCUGCCCCACAUCCCAAGACUUUUCUUCCUGUUGGGAGCUGCCUUGGGCCCAUCCCUCCCCUGGGGGGAGCCCAACUGAUGGCCCUGGCCCCCACCCCUAAGGACCAAGGGAGCCUGAGCAGCCUUGUUUACAGCUUCUGUCCUGCUCCUGCAUCUUGCCAGGCUCCUCUGCCAACUGUAGGCCUCCCUCAUCCCUGCACUGGUUCCAACCUCCCUGCACUUCUGCCUGCAUCCCCUCCAGCCUCUUGGCCCCCUAUCCCUGCACUUCUGGAAACCUCCCUGCACUCUGGAAACCUCCCCCAACACCUCCCCAACGCUGCGCUCUCAGCCUCCCUGCAUCUCUGUUGGCCUCCCUGCACUUCUUCCCGCCUCCCAAAUUCUCUGGACCUCCACCUUGGCCUUCUCCCAACUUUCAUUGUCUUGGCAUCUCUCAAACCUCAGUCCUCUCUUCCUUCCCUUAUCAUCUCCCCUUUCCUCUCCACGUCCCUCCCCCUUCCUCUUCCUGCCUCCUCAUCUCCCUUAAGCAUCCUCUUCUCCAACCUCCCGUCACCGUUUACUCUGCAAAAAUGACAGCACUUAGACGAGGCUUGGGGGCGGGAAGCAGUGUUGGGAGAGGGCUCCCCAACCCCGGGCUCCGACUGUUCUCUGCUGGGACCACCCAGGGUCGGACACCCAAGGGUGUCUUGCAGGUCGUAGAGCUGGCAAGCCGGGCCUCGUGUGGGGACUCGGGCGAGGGUGGCGAGCACUGGUUCCGAACGCACGCAGGGGAGAAGCGAGGGACGCGGCGCUGACCCCUCCAGGUCAGCUGGAGUUGACCCGCCCACCUGGGCUUUUCAACCCCAGUCCACGAGUUUUUUCUUGAAGGUGUUGGGGCUAGAUUUAUUCACGUGCUUCGUAACGAAAGAAUCCAAAAAAUAGGACCAAAGCGCCCACAGGCAGGAGCGAGGGCGGGGCGGGGCGCUCUAUAAUUAUUUUCUAAGCUGACGGGGGAGGUUUGUUGCACGCGACAGCCCGCUGAGGAGGCGGGGACCGAGCUACAACGCGGUUCGGAUUUGGCGGGGUUUUUUUUCCAAAAAAAAA